AUGGAGGGGGCCGCUCUCCUUUCCCACCCGCUCUGGUUCAUCUGCUCCCUGGCCCUCCUGGCGCUGCUGUGGGCACGAGGGAGAAAAAGCUGGAGACCUGAUGCUUGUCCCGUAGACCUGAGUGGCAAGACGGCCAUUGUCACUGGAGCCAGCAGCGGAAUUGGCAAGGCCGUCGCUCUUGACCUGGCACGCAGGAACGCACGGACAAUCCUGGCCUGCCGCUGCAGGGACAAAGGCCAGGCUGCAGUGGAGGAGAUCCGUAGAGCCACGGGGAACCCCCAGGUGCAGCUUCGUCUGCUGGACAUCAGCUCCAUGGCCUCCGUCCGUGACUUUGCCAGGAAGUUCCUAGAGGAAGGGAGCCAGCUGCACAUCCUGGUGAACAAUGCGGGUGUCACAGGCCUGCCAUUUGCCAUCACGGUUGAGGGCCUGGAGCUCACGUUUGCCACCAACGUCUUGGGCCCCUUCCUGCUCACCAACCUGCUACUUGGUACCAUGGUGGCCUCUGCUCCAGCGCGCAUCGUGAACGUGUCUUCCUUCCGGCACUUCUGUGUCAGGAAAGUGGACCUGAAGUGGCUGACCGGGGAGGAACUGCCCAAGAAUGCCAGCCACGCCUACGACUGCACCAAGCUCAUGAACGUCGCCUUCACCAUAAAGUUGGCCCAGAGGCUCCAGGGCACCGGCGUGUUGGCCAACGUGCUCAGCCCAGGACUGGUCCGGACGGAGAUCCUGCGCAACUACGGCCGGGCCAGCCGCCUGCUCUACAGGCUGUGCAGCCCCUUCAUGAGGAGCCCCCAAAAGGGAGCCACCAGCACCCUCUACUGCGCAGUCGCCCCGGAAGUGGAGGGGAUUUCCGGCAAGUACUUCGACAGCAACUGCACCCUGGUGCUGCCUCAGGACCUCGCGCAGGACCCGGGCCUAGGCAAGAGACUGUGGGAUGCGCUGGAGAAGGCCACGGGCCUCAAGACGGAGGGAAGCCAUCAGGCGGUCUCAGGCCCUCUGGGAAGGGAACGUUAG